AUGGCCAGGAAAAGAGUCAAGAAGAGAACCCACGUUGGCGCCAAGAACCCCGUCUCUUCGGCGGCCCUCAACGGCCAUGCCGACCGCAAGGACCCCAAGAGCAUGGUCAUCCGCAUUGGCGCCGGCGAAGUAGGAACCAGCAUCAGUCAAUUGGCCACCGACGUCAGGAGAGUCAUGGAGCCCGGUACCGCGACCAGGUUGAAGGAGAGAAAGGCCAACAGACUGCGCGACUACGUUACCAUGUGCGGACCGCUAGGCGUCACCCAUCUUUUGCUCUUCUCCAGAUCCGAAUCCGGAAAUACCAACCUCAGACUCGCUAUUGCUCCCCGGGGCCCUACAUUUAACUUCAGAGUCGACAAAUACUCUCUUGCAAAAGAUGUGCGGAGAGCGCAAAGGCAUCCCAAGGGUGGCGGCAAGGAGUUUCUCACUCCCCCAUUGUUGGUCAUGAACAACUUCACAGAUCCCAACGCCGACGCAAACUCCAAGGUCCCCAAGCACCUCGAGUCUAUCACGACGACUGCCUUCCAAUCCCUGUUUCCUCCCAUCAACCCCCAGAGGACCCCUCUCAAGUCGAUUCGCAGAGUAUUACUUCUCAACCGCGAGAAGUCGCCCGAGAACGACGGCUCAUUCAUCAUCAACUUCCGUCACUACGCCAUCACAACAAAGGCCGUCGGCAUGUCCAAGCCCCUCAGGCGGUUGAACGCCGCCGAGAAGCUCAUCAAGUCCAAGAGCAGGAAAGGCGGCCUCCCGAACCUUGGCAAGCUCCGCGACAUUUCAGAGUUCAUGAUCGGUGGAGAAGAUGGCCAAGGCUACAUGACGGACGGCACAAGCGGCAGCGAAUACGAUACCGACGCCGAGAUUGAGAUCCUAGACCAAGGCCCGAAGAAGGUGAAGAGCGCCAAGGCUCGGGCUGCCAUCGCGGCGGUGGAGGCUGCCGAGGAGGAAGAGGAAGGUCAUGACGACAACGUUGAGCGCAGGGCAGUAAAGCUCGUGGAGCUCGGACCUCGUAUGCGGCUACGCAUGACCAAGGUCGAGGAGGGCAUGUGCUCAGGAAAGGUACUGUGGCACGAGUACGUGCACAAGACCCAGGAGGAGAUUCGGGAGCUCGAGAAGAAGUGGGAACAGAAGAGGAGGGAGAAGGAGGCGCGCAAAAAGCAACAGAAGGCGAACGUGGAGAAAAAGAAGGCCGAGAAGGCUGCCCACAAGAAGGCGACCGGCGGAAAGAGCAAGGACGACAGCGACGACGAGGACGAGAUGGACAUGGACGACUACCCGUAUGACAGCGACAUGUACGAUGCCGAGGACGGGUUUGACAGCGAGGGACUGGCUGGUGAUGCUGAGGAGCAGGCCAAUACCAAGAUGGAGCAGGACGGCGAGUGGGAGGACGAGGAGGAGGAGAUUGCCCAGGAGGCACAGGCGAAAGGAAAGAAGAAGCCUGCUUUAAAAUGAUGGACGUCCUGAAGUAGUGUACGUGGCGCAGACCCGGUCUCCUUUCCAUUUUUGUCCAUAUUUCACGUCAUGUUUUACGGUUAGCAUAUGCCCUCAAUCACUGGGCCGGUAUCUUGGGAAUAACCCUUCAUCGGAAAAUAGUAUUGGUGUUGGUAGCAAAGAAGAGAGACAUAUACCAGGUUGUUCGAGAAGGUCUAUAGGUCUAGGUUCCUCGCAGCUUCAUAGU